CUGUUCCCAGGGGUUAAGACUGCCCGGUGGGACACAGCUCAUUGAAUGCACAGGCAUCCAGAAGUGACUUGCGUGUUGAUACCUGUCUGUGGUGCAGUGCAAGUGGGGAAGAUGCCAAGCCUCUUCAAAAAAAAAAAAAAAAAUCUUCAGCUCUUCAGUGGUAGCUGCUCUCACAAGUGUGGUGGAAGGUUGGGUAGUGGUUCCAAUCCUUUCCAGCAUUUGGAGAAGAGUGCUGUCUUGCAGGAGGCACGCAUAUUCAACGAAACGCCCAUCAAUCCAAGAAGAUGCUUGCAUAUCUUGACAAAGAUUCUUUACUUACUUAACCAGGGUGAACACUUCGGAACUAUGGAAGCUACAGAAGCCUUCUUUGCAAUGACUCGAUUGUUUCAAUCUAAUGAUCAAACGCUGAGAAGGAUGUGCUACCUCACCAUCAAGGAAAUGGCCACCAUCUCUGAGGAUGUGAUCAUUGUCACAAGCAGUCUGACCAAGGACAUGACUGGAAAGGAAGAUGUAUACCGAGGCCCAGCCAUCAGGGCUCUCUGCAGAAUCACAGAUGGAACAAUGUUGCAAGCCGUUGAAAGGUACAUGAAGCAGGCCAUUGUGGAUAAAGUAUCCAGUGUAGCCAGCUCAGCGCUGGUCUCUUCCUUACACAUGAUGAAGAUAAGCUAUGAUGUGGUUAAACGAUGGAUAAAUGAAGCCCAAGAAGCUGCAUCAAGUGACAAUAUCAUGGUGCAGUACCAUGCACUAGGAGUGCUCUAUCACCUUAGAAAGAAUGAUCGGCUUGCUGUCUCCAAGAUGUUAAAUAAGUUUACCAAAUCUGGUCUCAAAUCACAGUUUGCAUACUGUAUGCUGAUUCGAAUUGCUAGUCGCUUACUGAAAGAAAGCGAGGAUGGUCAUGAAAGUCCACUCUUUGAUUUCAUUGAGAGCUGCUUGCGAAAUAAACAUGAAAUGGUUAUUUAUGAAGCUGCUUCUGCCAUUAUUCAUCUUCCCAACUGUACUGCAAGAGAGCUGGCACCUGCUGUCUCAGUUCUUCAACUUUUCUGUAGCUCUCCUAAACCAGCCUUGAGAUACGCAGCUGUGAGGACCCUGAACAAGGUGGCAAUGAAGCACCCCUCUGCUGUUACUGCCUGCAAUCUGGACUUAGAAAACUUAAUCACAGACUCAAACAGGAGCAUUGCUACCCUGGCCAUUACAACAUUACUUAAAACAGGAAGUGAGAGCAGUGUGGACAGGCUUAUGAAGCAGAUAUCUUCUUUUGUGUCUGAAAUCUCAGAUGAGUUCAAGGUAGUGGUCGUACAGGCCAUCAGUGCUCUCUGUCAGAAGUACCCUCGGAAGCACAGCGUCAUGAUGACUUUUCUUUCCAACAUGCUUCGAGAUGAUGGAGGUUUUGAAUACAAAAAGGCCAUUGUGGACUGCAUAAUCAGCAUUGUGGAGGAGAACCCUGAAAGUAAAGAAGCUGGUUUAGCCCACCUCUGUGAAUUCAUUGAGGACUGUGAACACACCGUUCUGGCUACUAAAAUUCUCCACUUAUUGGGCAAAGAGGGCCCUAGAACUCCUGUUCCCUCCAAGUAUAUCAGAUUCAUUUUUAAUAGGGUGGUCCUGGAGAAUGAAGCUGUCAGAGCUGCUGCUGUGAGUGCUUUGGCUAAAUUUGGGGCUCAGAAUGAGAGCCUUCUCCCCAGCAUCCUUGUACUCUUACAAAGGUGUAUGAUGGAUACUGAUGACGAGGUACGGGACCGAGCUACCUUCUACCUGAAUGUGCUACAGCAGAGACAGAUGGCCCUGAAUGCUUCAUAUAUCUUCAAUGGUCUCACAGUCUCUAUACCAGGGAUGGAAAAGGCCUUACACCAGUACACAUUGGAGCCUUCAGAAAAACCCUUUGAUAUGAAGUCAAUUCCUCUUGCUAUGGCUCCUGUCUUUGAGCAGAAGUCAGACAUCACACGUGUGCCUCCUAAGCCAGAGAGGUCGGCUCCUUCCAGGCAAGACAUUUUCCAAGAACAGUUGGCUGCCAUUCCUGAGUUUAUGAACCUGGGACCCUUGUUCAAGUCUUCUGAGCCUGUGCAGCUUACAGAAGCAGAGACAGAGUAUUUCGUUCGCUGUGUGAAGCACAUGUUUACUGACCAUAUUGUAUUCCAGUUUGACUGUACCAACACUCUAAAUGACCAGCUGCUGGAGAAAGUAACAGUGCAGAUGGAACCAUCCGAUUCCUAUGAAGUGCUGUGCUGCAUCCCAGCUCCCAGCCUCGCUUACAAUCAGCCAGGAAUAUGCUACACACUUGUUCGAUUGCCAGAUGAAGAUCCUACAUCAGUUGCAGGCACCUUUAGCUGUACCAUGAAGUUCACAGUCCGGGAUUGUGACCCUAAUACUGGAAUUCCAGAUGAAGAUGGAUAUGAUGAUGAAUAUGUGCUGGAAGAUCUUGAAGUAACUGUGUCUGAUCAUAUUCAGAAGAUACUAAAACCUAACUUCGCUGCUGCCUGGGAAGAGGUGGGAGAUGCCUUUGAAAAAGAGGAAACCUUUGCCCUGAGCUCUACAAAAACCCUUGAAGAAGCUGUCAACAACAUCAUCACAUUUCUUGGUAUGCAGCCAUGUGAGAGAUCAGAUAAAGUCCCCGAGAAUAAGAAUUCCCACUCCCUCUAUCUAGCAGGUGUAUACAGAGGUGGCUAUGACUUAUUGGUGCGGUCCAGGCUGGCCCUAGCUGAUGGAGUGACCAUGCAGGUGACUGUGAGAAGCAAAGAGAGAACGCCUGUGGAUGUUAUCUUGGCUUCUGUGGGAUAAGUUCUUGCUGGGAAGGGUGAUGUUGCUAUGCCCUCCCUAUUGGUGGUUUUUAGGCUAGUGGCAUGAUCUUUCCAGAAUCACACAUAAAGAUUAAUAAUGAUGACUUUGAAGAAGCAAAUCCAAGUGUUUUUGGCCCUGUGCCAGCAGAUCAAACGUCUGUCUGUCUGUCUGUCUUUGAGCAUGAGCUUUAGAGUUCCUUCCCUCAUGUCUCACUCACUCAGCCUUGGUGCGACAAUGCAGCCUUGAGUGGGCUUGAAAAUCAGAUACUACUUAUGCUAUUCUACAGCUGCUUAGCUUCAUUACAUGCUUCUAUUUAUUGUGUGAAAAACUCUUGGCAAUGCUGGAAAAUUUUAUCCCAGAAGGGUGGAGGGGGAGGGGAAGCCGCAAUCCAUUUUUGUCACAGUUUGUUUUUAUUAAUAGAAAAUAAACACUCAUUCAUUCCAGUUUCAAA